AUGAAUGGAACGGUGGAAAACAAUCCCAUGGCAAAUGCCCCGCCAGUUCCAGGAGCAUCGGCUACGCCCAACAACUCCGUACAACAAAAAGCAGUGCGGAACUUCAAGCUGCUAGUCGAUCCAUUUCUGCACAGGGGCGCCCCGAAAGUGUAUCGCUACGAUGGAGUCGUACCGGGAGAUCCCAACCAUCCCACGGUUAUUCCGCGAGAUCCCCGAAACCCGCUAGCUCGCAUACGAUCCCGCGUAGAACCGUUGGAUAUUCCCGUGCCAAGGUUUAAAAUCGAUCAGCACUAUGUCGGCGAGCCACCGGCUAUAGAAAUCACAAUAACGAAUCUAAACGAUAAUAUCGAUAAGCCAUUCCUGUCGGACAUGCUAACAAAGUGCGGAAUCUUCACCGAGCUAUACAUUUACUACCACCCGGUCUCAAACAAACACCUCGGAUUGGCGCGAAUUGUAUUCGAGCAGGUUCGCUCUGCGCUGCUGUGUGUGGAGAAACUGAACGGGACCUCCGUUAUGGGUAAAGUGUUGAAUGUGUUUAAGGAUCCCUUUGGGGAGCAGUGUAAACGGUUGCUUGAAGAAAAAACGUCCGAGAAGAAACCCCCACUGCCACAGCCCCCUGCGCCAUCGUUACCACCAGCUAGUUCAAAUCAUCAUUCCCUGGCAAGCUUACCACCUUCUGCAAACGAACGCCAUCCGUUGAAGACAUACCGAAAAGCACCUCCCGAACCGGAUCACCCCCCAGAGCCAUGGGAGAAGAAAGCAGCCUCAGCGAUUGGAGAAGAUUCGGAGCUCUGGGAUGGCGAUGAAUUUUCAGGAAGUGCAGGGAAUAGCCAGGAUUCGAGUUACUACGGCAAAGAAAAAAGCAUCAAUCGCAAUCAUUUCAGCGGCGAGUGGGAGGACGAUGGACGCAGCCACGAUCCCAAGUACUACGAGGACAAGGAUCGUAAGCAUCACCGUCAUCAUCACAAGAGUGAACGUGCGCGAGACCGAGAACACGAGAAAGACCGCGAUAGGUAUCGCGACCGGGAUAAAGAUCGGGAACGAGAACGCGAUCGAGAUCGGGAUCGUGAUCGGACACGUGAAAGACACCGGGAUCGAGAGAGAACGCGCGAUCGUGACCGGGAACGCGUUCGGGAUCGCGAGUAUCGUGAACGUGAAUGGGACGCGAAAAAGAGAGGGGGGAAAGGCUACCGGGAUGCGUGGUAUGGUGAAUCCGAAGCCUACACCGCAGCUAGUCGGUACGAUGGUGGUUAUGAGUACUAUUCUUCGUCGUACACGGGAAACUCGGAGUACGGUUCGUUUGGUUAUCAGUCGUCCGAGAGCAGCUACGGAACUGCUUCAUCCUCCUCUAAAUGGGCUCCCACACAUCCGGCACCGCCGCCUCCACCUCCUCCACCAGAAGACAGUUGGGAUGGUAGUUCCAAACCUCCAGCACCACCACCGGUUCCGAGUAGCAGCAACAGCAGCAGUACUACUCGCCCUAUAAUAGAUGAUGGUGAUCUGUGGGAUACUGAUUCGAAUCCAAUGGCUCCGGGAACGAAUACGGUGCCCACAGUGACUGCCUCGUCCAGCUCGCCCAAGGAACCAAAAGCAACGAAAGUACCGGCCGCAAAUGAUGACGACAGUGGCAGCAUACUCGAUCUAGACACACGAAUAGCGAUGCUCUUCAAAGAAAAAACGUUUGGUGGAGCCUUUCUGCAGCUGAGCGACGACGACGAAGAAGAUCGUAAGCCUGAUCAUGUUACUGCUGUCGCCGCUGCUUCUGGCUCUGCUGAUGGUUCUCCCACCGUUGACUCUAGUCGGCUGAAGGAAGAAGAUAUGGAUAUCGAGAUGGAAGAGAUGGUGAGCGUGCGACGACCGCCAAGUCCUCCACCACCGGUUGAAGCUGUCCAGCCGCCUCCACCACUGUUACCACCGGAUGAGGAAUCAAACGAAGCGAAGCCACCGAAACGGGAGCCUAAAAUUGAGUGCUUGAAGGAGGAAGGAGCUAGUGAUAUUUCUUCCAGUGAUGAUGAGAUUCUCGCGAAAGACGAAGAAGCAAGCCGUAGUUCACUGCUUCUGGACGACAUCAAGCGUGAACCGAUUGAAAAGCCGUCUCUCUCUGGCUCGGAUGACUCGAAGCAGCUGGGCGGUCACAAGCCAGAAGCACCGCCAUUACCCAGUGAACCUGCGCCUCCGAUCCCUCCGCCACCUGAACCGACGGAAGGAGGCAAUUUCUCCUUCCUCUAUCCUACCAGUGGCUACUACAACUAUGGCCCACAAACGUCCACGGGCGCUGGGUAUUACCAUGGGUAUCCUACGGGUUUCCCGGGUGCGCCCAUCUUCAAUGCGUAUGGAAUGCCCACGUCCACGGGGCUACCGUACUAUCCUUCGGGAAAAAAACCGGGCUCGUACGGGCCUGACGAUGGGCAGGGCCACAUCUUAGAGGUUAGCGGCAGCACGAGCAUGAAAGAUCGCGCCCGUGGAGCGAAGCGGAAUCGCUACGAAAUAGCCAUCGAUUCCGUCGUGGAGCGCGUGGUGGCGGAACUGAAGCAAAUUUUGAAGAAAGAUUUCAACAAAAAAAUGAUAGAAAACACCGCCUUCAAGAAGUACGAGGCGUGGUGGGACGAAGAAGAGCGCAAGAGCAAAGGUGGUGAACAGAAAGGUGCCGCGUUUGGGGCCGAAAUAGCGAAUCAGGCCGGUCCAAGUAGUGCUGCGGUCAGUGGGACAGCAUUGAAGGUUGACAAAGCUCCCGAUAUAAACCAUUUGCUGAAUCAGACCUACGACAACCUGGACGCCAGCGGGGGAAGCUUUGUGGGGUUGGGUUUACGGGCUACCAUCCCGAAGAUGCCCAGUUUUCGGCGCAUCCGCAAGCAACCUAGUCCGGUGCCGCAAGACGAAGAUUCCCGCAAAAGUGACCAAGAUGACAUGGUCCGUGGGUCGGAUUCGGAGAAGGAGUCAUCCAGCGGUCCGACAACGAGCUCCUCCACUGCUGCCGGGCCAGUGUCGUCUUCCAGUAAAGGCGAUGCAGAAGUAUCGUCGCCCUCUACCGUUGCCGUCAGCAGGACACCAGGCGGAUCGACAGGUUUGGCCGGAAUCACGGCCCAUCCCACUCGAACGAGCGAGAAACGAAUGCCCAGCGUGUCCUCGUUUACGUCCAGCAGUGAAGACGACGAAUCCAGCGCGAGUGAAUCGGAUGACAGCUUGGAAUCGGGUUCGCUGUCGGAUGUGGACGCGGUGGCUGGUUACACUGCGAAACGGGUGCGCGAUCGCCGCGAACGGGAUAACCGUAUUUACUCCGAUUCCGACAGUGACGCCGUCGAGCAUCCGGUCAAGCAACGUGCCAGCGGUAGCUUUGGUGCGCGCCGCAUCAAGGAAGCAGGAAAAGUUGGCAAGAUUUACUCGGAUUCGGAUUCGGACGACGCGCAUUUGCCACCGCGCAAAGAAGUGCUCCCGUCGGUGUCGACGGAGAGACGGAAAAGCCGAAGCCGCAGUCGCAGCCCGCUCGGUGGCACAUCCACCGACAAGGUGCCGGUGCCGGGAGUCACUAAAAAAGCGGUCGUCGAUCCAUCGCAACUGCCCCAGCUCUCGCUGGAGGAACUGCACGAAGAUUUCUCUGCCAGUUCCGGGGACGAAAUGUUGCUGGUGGAGGAUGACCAAGACGCAAAACCACCGCGGACACCGGGCCGAGAAUCGCCAAAGAAGGCGGCUAACAAUACGGCCGUCAGUAGCAGCGCGGCCGACACCAGCGACAGUACACAGCAAAAUCACCAACCAUCCUUGUACGGCGUCUCGGACAGGAUUUACAGUGACUCGGACGAGGAGCGCGAGUACCAGGAAAAGCGGCGCCGCAAGGCCGAAUACCUACAGCAGAUCGAGCUCGAGUUUCAGGAAGAGUUGGAGCGGAUGGCCAAGGAGAAAGCCGCCCGGAAACCGUCCGAACGGGGGACACCGCUGGGUGGCCACAAGAAACUGGCAACGCUGGACGACAAGAAAGCGGUACCGUUGGCAUUCACGAGCGGGAAAAUGUCUAGUCUGGAUGAGCCGCUUACACCGAGCCUCUCGCAACCACCGCCCACUCCGGGUGCAAGUUUGGGCGAUUUGCGCAAGAACCCUCUGGGUGCGCUGUUUCCGAUGGGCGAUGGGUCCAGGGAUACCACAUCCGGCAGUAGCUCGACUCAGGAGAUCCUGCGAGACGACCAACCAACCGAAUCGUCGACGACGACGGCUUCGAAGAAAAGGAAGAAUUCCGCUGGCACCGGUAAGGGAGCUUCAUCGGCCAAGGUUCCGAAGGCGAGUCGGAAGUCCGAAUCCAAAGACGGACUCAACGGGUCGGAACAUGAAACCGAACACACAGCGGUCCACACCGAUCAGCCGGUACGGACCGGUUUGUCGGGAGAACCCGUUCGGCCUUCGUUGGCUUCCGGCGGGUCAGAAGACUUUUUCCUCGGAGUGGACGAAAACGUCCGAAGAUCCUCCAAAGCAUCACCGGCGUCGUCAGAUGGUGGCUCGAGUCAAGCCAGUCAGGUGGCCCUGGAUCACUGCUACUCGUUACCACCAUCCGCUUCCCCAUCGUCCUCGUCACCCCACCAGCAGUCGGAUUCGUCGACAGCCAACGCGCAAACCAUCAAAUAUGCUCCCUCGUCCGAGAAUGUGCUCGCGCACGAUCACGGUUACACCAACAAUAAAAACAGCACUACCAACAACGUCGAAAGCCAACGGACAGGUGCUGCGAUCGCUGGUAAUGGUGUCCUUGCGGGUGUUAGCAACGCGAUGCCCGCCAACAUCUCCGCCGUUGCCAGCAACAGUGUACCUGGCAAGGAUGUCGCUAUGAUGAAGCCACCGUUGCAGAUGAAGCAACGGAACGAUCGCAAACGGGUUGAUAAGCUGCCGUACGGGAUUGUCGAGUCCACGCCGGAGAGUGGUGUGCUGGAGCGGUUCGUACCGGUGCCAAAGUAUCGACCGCGCGAACUGUCCUACGAGAUGGGCAUACUGUUCGAUUUCCUGACGCGUGGCAUCGACAACGAGGACAUCCGGUACAUCCAGCAGAGCUACGAGUUGCUGUUGCUCGAUGACGCCAGCAGCUACUGGCUGAACGCGACGCACUGGGUCGACCAUUGUGCGACGGAUCGCAGCUUCGAACCGGCGCUGUUAGCCGUCCCACCUGGGAAGAGGCGAAAGAAGGACAAACUGGGCGGCGGUGGCAGCUCGCUGGCCGACAUCAAGCUGCACCGUACGGGGAGCGCGCGCACGGAAGGUUACUACAAGAUUGACCCGCGCGAAAAAGCCAAAUACAAGUACCAUCAUCUGAAGGGUACGGCGGCCGCGAACCAUCUGAGCAAUCUAGAGCUGGCCAAGGCGGUCACCAAGAUGCAGGGCAUAUCGCGGGAGGCCCGCUCGAACCAGCGCCGGUUGCUGAAUGCGUUCGGAGCGAGCACGGAAUCGGAGCUGCUCAAGUUUAACCAGCUCAAGUUCCGCAAAAAGCAGCUCAAGUUUGCCAAAUCGGCCAUCCACGAUUGGGGUCUGUUCGCGAUGGAACCGAUCGCGGCCGACGAGAUGGUGAUCGAGUACGUUGGCCAGAUGGUGCGACCGUCGGUUGCCGAUUUGCGCGAGACGAAGUACGAAGCGAUCGGCAUCGGUAGCUCCUAUCUGUUCCGCAUCGACAUGGAAACGAUCAUCGAUGCGACCAAGUGCGGCAACUUGGCGCGAUUCAUCAACCACAGCUGCAACCCCAACUGCUAUGCGAAGGUGAUAACAAUCGAAUCGGAAAAGAAGAUUGUCAUAUACUCAAAGCAACCGAUCGGCGUGAACGAGGAGAUUACGUACGACUAUAAAUUCCCGCUCGAGGACGAGAAAAUCCCUUGUCUGUGCGGUGCUCCCGGGUGUCGUGGCACUCUUAACUAAAUUCUGGCAACUGGCUAACACGUUGCUUUGUUUGCUAUUGUACAUUACGACGGCUGUAUAUAUAUAUGUUUGAUUAGAGAAAAUGCUCAUCGGAUAGUUUCGGAAACUGCACUGCUCCAGCUGUGCCGUGCUUUUCUUCCUCUCAGCAAGCGUGUUUCUGCCUAUUGUUUCAGUUCCACGGACGCACGAUAACGGUGUAUCUUUUAGUUAAUUUUAUCGCUGUUGUGUCUUGUUUUCUAUUUUUUUAUUUUCACGCGCUUUACACGGCUGCAAAUCCGGCAACAAAAUUGAAGAAUUAUUGUGUGCCGCAAAGAGAGAAAGAGGGGCGAUUGGACAGUUAGUUUGUAACAACAUAAUACGUAGGAGAAGAUAAUGCAUACUAACAGGAGAUUUAAUCUUGAUUCUAGUUUAGGUAACGAAAGGUAAGAUUAGUGAAUUAUUAUUAAAACA